GGAUGGAUGGAUGGAUGGAUGGAUGGAUGGAUGGAUGGAUGGAAUAAAACGUUUAUCUUGAUGAACUUCAUCAGUCAUUCAUCAGAACCUGAGCAACUUCAGUUUGGACUUUUAUUUACAAACUAACUUACUGUAGGUAUAAUCCUGUUAUCUUUACAGUCCAGAAUGAGAUCACUCAUAGAGCUUUCUACAACAGGUAAGAUAUUAACUGUUCGUAACCUUGCCACAGAACCCCACAUAUAGAAAAAUACCAUGAGCAUGUGAUGCUCAUCAGCAUGUCACUUGCAUGAAACUAAUCAGAUUAUAAAUGUGAGUUUAUUUGAAUGACAUUGAGUCUUUGCAGCUGUUUAAGAAACCAGCAGGUUAAGAUAUUUUCAGUUGUCGUGUUUUAUGCUCAUUACCAUUUUUGUUACAACCACUUGUGGUUUUAUUCUGUCUUUUUGCUCCGUUUUAUUAAGCUGAUGUGYAAAUGUUUGCUCAUUUGAUUUAUGUGUGUUUCUAACAGCCUCUGUGUGAGUUUUAGUGGACAGAGUUCAGCUCAGACCAGAGUAAAUACCGUGACUAAACACCCAUUAACAGUCCUCCUGUGACUCCUCCACCCCGCAGUUCGCCGCUCGUCUCUGGACUCGCUGCACCAGCUGUGGGACGGAACUGCAACAAAACAGCCUCGGAGGUGUCCUUCGUGUCUUUGGCCAGGAGCCCCGUGGACUGAGGCAGGAUCCGGGUGACCACCAAACAGGCCUCCCCCCACCCCCUGUCCCCGUCUGUGGGAGCAAUUAGGGUGGAUGUGCGCGGRGUGUCCGUGGGCUCCAGCUGUCAGGAGGCCUCUGUCUCCUGGUCCUGACACGUCUCCAACACGCCCUGCUGCGAGUCUCUGCGUGUCACACAAACCCCACCGACCCAACUGGAGCCCAGGGCGAGCUGUCCGUCAUCUCACUCACACACUUUUCAUCGAUACGGUCCUUCUGGUGCCGGGGUUGGAACAUCUCUCUCUGCCUGAAUGCUUCGCGCCGUUGUUUCCUCUGACAUCUGCUGCUGGUUUGGCUCCUGGACGAUGAGUUGAACAGAACUCCAGACUGACUGCUUUUUUUAGUUCGAUUCCAAGAAAGAAAGAAAAAAAUAAAAUAAAUUUCCUCACAAGUCUUUGUCAAGGCAGAGCGACAUCCCGGGUGUGAAAAAUGAUGCUGAGCCCGGACCAGGCCGAGGCGGACCUCUCCUGGACCCAGUCCGACCCGGAGACGAUGCUGAACGGCCUGAAGGCGGCGGCGGCCGCGGCUGCUGCGGCGGCGGGGGGCUGCGCGUCGGACGAGCCGGCGGAGGGGGAGGAGGACCGGGACCGGGAGCGGGCCAAGUGCCGAGCAGAGCAGCCGCUCAGCCGCGAGGAGAAGCGGCGGCGGCGGCGGGCCACGGCCAAGUACCGCUCGGCCCACGCCACCCGGGAGCGGAUCCGGGUGGAGGCGUUCAACGUGGCUUUCGCGGAGCUGCGGAAGCUGCUGCCCACCCUGCCCCCCGACAAGAAACUCUCCAAGAUAGAGAUCCUCAGACUGGCUAUUUGCUACAUCUCCUAUCUGAACCACGUGUUGGACGUUUAAACUGGGCCAGAACUUGUGUCUUGGGGGCGGYGGGGUAUAAACUGGACCCGUCCCGGGCGCCAUUUCUUAGGGGGCUUAAAGCGGUUGGCAGCAGCAGCAGCAGCAGAUAGCUGGAGGCAAAAGAAAGGGGUGGGUGGGGUGGAUGGGUGGGGGACGCAGUAUUUUUGAAAAACGUUUGCAGCUGAGAUUUAAUCCAGACACUUUUCAAGUUGGUUAAAUUCAAAGUUGAUUAAAAAUAAUUAAGAUAGCCUGUGGGAUUAAAAAACAAACAAAAAAUCACUAAUUUUUGAUCUUAACACAGAAAGUCCUGAUCUCAUUGRUUGGUUUAAAAACUCAUUGGAUUUUCCCCUUAGUUAAGUUAAAUUUUUUUGUCAUUAAAGUCAUUAGUUUUCUUUUAAUAAAUUAUUCAAUCAUCAACAAA